UUCACUUCCUAUAGGGACUGAAAACCAAGUGAGGAGAUGUGUUCUGCUCAUUGAGGGUGAUGGACGAGUCUGGGACUUUUCCACAUCGAUACGAUUCAGCGAGUGUCACUGCUCAUUGACCAGUCUGGGGGCCUCCUCACUUAGGCACGUGUCCUCAGCUCUUGAAAGAUUGCAAUGAACUACACCAGAGAAUAUAGCGAGGAUAGACACUGCAGACAGAUCCUGAUCAUCACCCAAGGACCAGCUGCACAACUGUGCGAAGACAUCCAGUCCCAACACAGAGAAGGUUUGGCAGUGAAACCAUCAUCUGGAAAUCGGUCAGGUCGGGGGGCGCUUCGACUCGUCAUCAGAUCUGAAACUGGUCAGUGGUGUGGAGCCUUCCAUCAGAACCAACCUUUCUGAAGGUUCGGCUGUGGGUGAUCGGUCAAGGUGCGGCUGGGAAGAAGUAUGAUUGGCUCCAAGUGUGGUGAGAGCUUCAAUCAUUCAUCAAGCCUCAUGAACUACUGACUGAUUCUUACAUAUGAGAGACUGUUCAAGUUUGAGUUGGGCCCAUCAUGUCAUAAGACGUGUAAAGUGCAUCUAUUGAUCUUCCCCAUGGAGGAGAAUCCAGUCAAGUCUGGGCUGUAUGAUCAGGAUUUCCCAGAUUCCUCAAAUUUUCACAUGCACCAGAGCAAUCACACUGUGGAGAAGCCAUUCACACGUAAGGAAUGCAAUCAAUCAUUUGUAUUCUCAUCAAGUCUUCACAAACACCAAUUUAUUCACACACGGGGGAAACUCUUCACAUGCGAGGUGUGCAACAAAUCAUUCUCACACUCAAUGAAUUUCCGCGUACAUCAACGCAUUCAUACAGGGGAAAAACCCUUCAAGUGUGAGGUGUGUGAGAAAUCCUUCUCACAGUUAUCAAAUCUCCGCAGACAUCAACGUAUUCACACUGGGGAAAAACCAUUCAAGUGCAAGGUGUGUGACAAAUCCUUUUCACAGUUAUCGAAUCUUCACAUACACCAACAUAGUCACACAGGGGACAAACCAUUCACAUGUGAGGUAUGUAACAAGUCAUUCUCAUCUUUAGUGACCCUCCAUGUGCACCAUCGCAUUCACACAGGAGAGAAACCGUUCACCUGUGAGGUGUGUGACAAAGCUUUCACACAGUUAUCACACCUCCUGGUCCAUCAGUCAAUCCACACAGGAGAAAAACCCUUCAAAUGUGAGGUUUGCGAUAAAGCUUUCACAACAUCUACCAGGCUUCUGAUGCACCAGAGUGUUCACACAGGAGAGAAACCCUUCCAAUGUGAGGUGUGCAAUAAAUCCUUCUCAAAGUCAUCCAAUCUCCAUGCACAUCAACGUAUUCACACAGGAGAGAAACCAUUCAUGUGUGAUGUGUGUGACAAAUCAUUCUCAGAGUCAUCAACACUCCGCAUACAUCAACGUAUUCACACAGGAGAGAAACCUUUCACGUGUGACGUAUGUAACAAAUCAUUCUCCCGCUCCUCAAAACUUCGUUCCCACCAACUUGUUCACACAGGGGAGAAGCCGUUUACAUGCGAGGUGUGUGACAAAUCAUUCUCGCAUUCAGUGAGUCUCCGUGUACAUUACCGCAUUCACACAGGGGAGAAGCCAUUCGUGUGUGGAGUGUGUAACAAAGCCUUUGCGUGUUCAUCAAGCCUCCUAGUUCAUCAAACAGUCCAUACAGGGGAGAAACCCUUCAAAUGUGAGGUUUGUAACCAAGACUUCACAAGGUCAUCGACGCUGGUGAAACAUCGCCGUGUGCACACUGGGGAGAAACCUUUCACAUGUGAGGUGUGCAAAAAAUCAUUUACGCAAUCAUCAAAUCUCCAUAAUCACCGACGCAUUCACACUGGGGAGAAGCCAUUCACCUGCGAGGUGUGUGAUAAAUCCUUCUCUGAGUCAUCACACCUCCGUGUUCACCGACGUAUCCAUACAGGGGAGAAACCAUUCACAUGUCAGGUGUGUAACAAAUCAUUCUCAGAUUCAUCGACGUUCCGCAGACACCAACGUAUCCACACAGGGGAGAAACCAUUCACAUGCGGUGUGUGCCACAAAUCAUUUUCGUAUCUAUCAACACUCCGUGUACACCAACGCAUUCACACAGGGGAUAAAGCAUUCACAUGUGAGGUGUGCAACAAAUCAUUUUCUCAGUCAUCAAAUCUGCACACACACCAACACACUCACACAGGCAAGAAGCCAUUCACAUGCAAGGUAUGUGACAAGACAUUCUCAACAUUAUCAAACCUUCGGGAACAUCAACGCAUUCACACAGGAGAGAAACCAUUCACGUGCGGGGUGUGUGGUAAGCCAUUCUCGCAGCUAUCGAACUUCCUCAUACAUGAACGCAUUCACACAGGAGAAAAACCAUUUAAGUGUGAGAUGUGUGACAAAGCCUUCACACGCUUAUCAAGCCUCUUGGUCCAUCAAAAGAUCCAUACACCAGACAAACCCUUCAAAUGUUUUGUUUGUGAUAAAGCUUUUGUGACAUCCACAAGGCUGCUGACUCACCAGAGGAUCCACACAGGAGAGUAACCCAUAAAGUCGACAUGUACAAUUGAGUCUUCAAAUACUAAAUAAAUCUGCUCCUCUUUCACACACACGCACACACACAUAUAAACUGUUCACAUGCAGUGUUUCUGAUAAGGCUUUAAAUCUCCUGAUGUAGUAGAGGAUCUGUACCAGUGAAAACCAUUCAGGUAUGAGGUGUGUGAGAAAUCUUGCACACGUUGUGGCCAUGAUACAAGAGAAGCCCUAUCAGUGCAAGUUCUGUGUUGAAGCUGUUACUCAGUUAUUGGACCUUCUGGAACAUCAAUGUAUCCACAUAGGAGACAAACUCUUCCAGUGUGACAUGUGCCAGGAUUGUUUCACCUACUCCCUUAUCAGACAUCAGCAUCUCCACACAGACUUGGUGCCAGGUCACCUGCUUCUGUUGCCCUGAGAGCUGUCAUUCCAAGGCACUGUCUGUCUCAGCAGUGUCUAUCUCAAACCUCUCCCACCAUCAGUCCAGUUGUUUUAAGGAUCACCAAACCUCACUAAAUGAAGGCAUCAAAAUAUAUAUGUAGAAACUCCUGCUUGUGCACAGAUAUCACUGUGAGUCUGAGAGGGUUUCCCCAGGUACAGAAAGUGGUGAUUCAAGAGAAUGUGUGUCUGAAUUAUCCAUGCUGUGGACGUUGUAGAAGUUGUCACAACCUACCCCGAGAAGAUAUGUUAUAUUGCUCCAUUCUGAGAGUCUGCUACCUUGCAGCUUAAGAAAAGAGAACAAAUUUAAUUUGGCCGUGUACCUUCAAUAAUAUUUCAUACUAUUGAAUUUCGUCUCAAUGCAACAUGUUAUGAAAGUGCAUCAUUUAAUUGUUUUUGUGAACUUGAGUUGAAAGAUUGUGGAGACACCUAUAUUAACCUUUCAAAACAAAACCAAAGAAAAUUGAUGUUAGAACUUUGUCUUCAAGCAAGAUAUUUCUUAGAAACCACAUUGAUCUAGAACUGCACUUGGUUGCCUGAACUCAUUUUAGGGAAAACUCCUUCAGGUCUUGAUUUUAUGAUUGUUCUGUUUAAGUAGCGUUUGCAGACUUGAUGCUUGGAAUUUUAUUUGGAAAAAGUCUGCUGCAGAAGAAACAGUCCAACUUGUGUUUCCUGUUUCUGAAGUACCUUUGUGAGCUCAGGGGUGAAAGCUGAUUCUUCUUCUGGCAGAGUGACAGAAACAACAUUGAGAUAUUUGAUUUCCUCAGCAAGUUGUGUCUGCCAGAUUGACAGGCAUCAGAACAGUCUACAUGUUAUUCUGUUUUAUCUGAAUGAAUUGCCAUCCUUGGACAGAAAAUGUCUUUCAUUAAAGUGAAUGUCUGCAGUUUCUUCCCUUUGCUUGAAAAAUGAGUGUGUGUGUGAGAGAGAGAGAGCGAGCGAGUGUGUGUGUGUGUGUGUACGUACUUUGUGUUGGUUAGAGCGAUAACAUUUUGUAUAUUCACAUUAAAAACUGUGGGUGUUUAACCCAUUCUCUAUCCCCAUUGAAUGGGUUUAAUUUUACAAUGAAUGAAUGAUGCUAUGAUUAUUCAUAAAACUUGGAUGAUGGGUCUUCACAUUCAGUGCUUAGCAUCAAGAAAGCUUAGGAUAUUUCUGUAUUGAGAAUCUUUUUAUCAAAUUGUGACUCUGGAGGAGAAGGACAAGAGCAACAGUGCACUGUUCGCAUCGUAAUCAUAACGAAGGUAAUUCAGAAAUUACCUUUCUGUUGGUUUAUGGAUCUUGCAGUGUUCUGGGAAAUUCCAAAUCUCUUAUGUCGUGAACAUCUAAACAAACUAACACUGAACUUUAAUCAAAUAUGUGAACAGAUUUUGACAUUGUUAUCUGAUAUUGUUGCUAGUCAAAGACAGAAUGCUUUUUCUACAAGUGUACAAAAUGUUGAGUCAUUCUGCAUCAUUUGGUUUUGUUAUCAAUGAUAUAAAGUCAAUGUGGAACUAUA